GUGCGAGGACAGGCGACGCAUGCGCGGUAAGUGCCGGCCGGUCGGGUGACGCAUGCGCGGUGUGUGAGGACCGGUGAGCGGAAGUGACGCGGGUGCUCCGCCAUGGCGGCUGUCAGUCGGGUCCGCAGCGGUUCUGUUCCCGGGAUGUGAGAGACUGAACCCUCCGCCCUCCCCCUGCCUGUCACCCGCCCGGCCCGCACCCCCCCACCGGAGACCCCCCGAUCCCUGUCCCGGGAUGAUGCGGAAUCCGGGGCUGCUCGGCCUGCGAGGAUUCGUGGCGUUCGCGGCCAAACUGUGGAGCUUCCUCCUGUAUAUCCUGAGGAGACAGGUCCGCACCGUUAUACAGUAUCAGACUGUGAGGUACGACGUCCUUCCACUGUCUCCUGCAUCCAGGAACCGGCUCAAUCAAGUGAAGAGGAAGGUUCUUGUUUUGGAUUUAGAUGAAACUCUGAUCCACUCCCAUCACGAUGGAGUAUUGCGGCCAACAGUCCGUCCAGGAACACCUCCUGAUUUUAUACUAAAGGUCGUUAUAGAUAAACAUCCUGUGCGAUUCUUUGUACAUAAAAGACCACAUGUUGACUUCUUCCUUGAAGUGGUCAGCCAGUGGUACGAGCUCGUGGUGUUCACAGCCAGUAUGGAGAUUUACGGUUCUGCUGUGGCCGAUAAACUAGAUAAUAACCGAGGGGUCCUGCGCAGACGCUUUUACCGACAGCACUGUACCCUAGAGCUGGGCAGUUACAUUAAGGAUCUCUCUGUAGUGCACAACGAUCUGUCCAGUGUGGUGAUACUGGACAACUCGCCGGGGGCCUACCGGAGUCAUCCAGAUAAUGCCAUACCUAUCAAAUCCUGGUUCAGUGACCCCAGUGACACCGCUCUCCUCAACCUGCUCCCAAUGCUGGACGCCCUGAGGUUCACCGCUGAUGUCCGCUCUGUCCUAAGUCGCAAUCUUCACCAGCAUCGGCUUUGGUGACAAUGAGCCCCCGCGACCCCCAGUCCUGAUUCCUCCACCCCAUCAUCACCUCUUCCUCUGCCUUAUUUCGUCUCCCCGGCUACAGACAGAGACUGUACCCCCUUACUGAGGAAGGACGAUGCAGGACUCCCCCUACUCUACCUCUAGAACACUCAUCAAUGGGGGGAGCGUGAUGAAAACGAACUUUAUUCCCCUCCACCCCUUUUUUUCAGGGGCUGGUGCAUAUGGGGAGAAACGGGGGUUUGUUUUUAAUUGUAGACUUUCUUGUAUAAAGAGAAUUAUUUCAAA